AUGGAUCCCACCAUGGCGAAGCAGCUGCGGCGGCUACGCACGCUCGGGCGCGGCGCGUCGGGCGCCGUCGUCUGGCUCGCCUCCGACGACGCCUCGGGCCAGCUCCUGGCGGUCAAGUCCGCCGGCGCCGACGCCGCCGAGACGCUGCGCCGCGAGGGGCGCCUCCUAGCCGGCCUCCGCUCCCCGCACAUCCUCCCGUGCCUCGGCUCCCGCGCCGGGCCCGGCGGCGAGCACCAGCUCCUCCUCGAGUUCGCCCCGCGCGGCUCGCUGGCCGACGAGGCCGCCCGGAGCGGCGGGCGCCUCGCGGAGCGCGCCAUCCGGGGCCACGCGUCCGACGUGGCGCGCGGGCUGGCCUACCUCCACGCGCGCGCGCUGGUGCACGGGGACGUCAAGUCCAGGAACGUCGUGGUCGGCGCCGACGGGCGCGCCAAGCUCGCGGACUUCGGGUGCGCCAGGACGAGGGGCUGCGAGCGGCCGAUCGGCGGCACGCCCGCGUUCAUGGCGCCCGAGGUGGCGCGCGGGGAGGAGCAGGGCCCCGCGGCCGACGUGUGGGCCCUCGGCUGCACCGUCAUCGAGAUGGCCACCGGCCGCGCUCCUUGGGGUGAUGUGGACGACGUCUUCGCGGCGGUCCACCGGAUCGGGUUCACGGACGCCGUGCCCGAGCUGCCCGGGUGGCUGUCGCCGGAAGCCAACGAUUUCUUGGGCAAGUGUUUGGCAAGAAACUCCAGCCACCGGUCCACCGCCGCGCAGCUGAUGGAGCACCCGUUCCUCGCGUCCGCCUCUCUGGACGUCGAGGAAGAGACGCCGGCGAAGAAGGAUUGGGUUAUCUCACCCAAGAGCACGCUCAACCCGGAUUUCGGGGAGUCCGACGAGGAAGAUGAAACAGAGGAGGACAAUCACAAAAGCGCGACCGACAGGAUCUUCUCAUUGGCGAGUCCUUCAUCGGCGUUGCCGGAUUGGGAUUCCGACGAUGGUUGGAUCGACGUGCACAGCCAACGCUCUGAAGCGUCAGAAACAACGACGGCCACGGUGAUUGCGGGUCCUUGGAGUGAAACGCUGGAACCCGAGGCUGAUGUUGAUGGCAGCACCUACCUUGUGCGAAAUGUAGAAGCAGCGCAUUAUUUGGCUGCGUACGAGACAUGUUUGAGUCUCAAUGUGGCUGGUGAUCAACCAUUCGCCCCAAUUGCUUCUCAUAGAUGCAAAAUUGUAAAAUUCGUAUGUCAUUGUUACAGAGAAAGACUAAUAAAUUUUGAUUUCGCACAAACUGUGUUCUUUGUUGGCCUUCCUUUCGCACGCUAG